AUAUAGAUAUAUAGAUAUAUAUAGAUAUAGAAAAUGAAAUGGGUAUCAUUGCUUAAAGAUUUUAAAGAAAAAGUUGGAUUAACAAAUAAUACAACAGCAGGAGCUUCACCAACUGGAUCAUCACCAUCUCCUUCAUCAUCAACUGCUGCUUCACCUUAUUAUCAUGAUUCUAAUGAUAAUGCCACUUCUUCACUUGAUUUCUUUUCCACCUCUUCAAGAGACAAAUUUGAAUUGGAAUUGGACUUUAAGAGACACUGGGAAGAGUUCCGGACCUCGUCAUCGGAGAAGGAGAAAGAAAAGGCCUUGAACAUGACGGUUGAAGUCUUUUGUAGAUUUGUAAAGCAACAUUCUAAUGUAGCACAGUUGAUUACCAUGUUAGUAGAGACACACAUAUUUUCUUUUGUUGUGGGUAGAGCUUUUGUUACAGAUAUAGAAAAGUUAAGAUUGAGCAGUAAAUCACGAUUGUUGGAGAUUGACACUUUGAUUGGCUAUUUUUCAGAGGUCACAGAGGGUGGAAUUCAGGCUGGAUCAAAUCUCUUGCAGGCUGUUGAAUAUCUUGUAUCUGGGCCUAUUGAUAAACAAUCUCUUCUUGAUUCUGGGAUCUUUUGCUGUCUUAUUCAUAUUCUUAAUGCCCUUUUGGGUCCUGAUGGAAGGAAUACCUGGCAAAAAGUUACCUCCAUUGAAAUGGGGCCAGAAGUCAUGGACAACACAGGUCCAGAUCGACGGCUUGAGGUAGAGGGCAGCGUUGUGCACAUCAUGAAGGCAUUGGCAAGUCAUACUGCAGCUGCUCAGAGUUUAAUAGAAGACAAAUCACUUCAGUUACUCUUUGAGAUGGUUGCCAAUGGAUCGUCAAUAUUCUCAAGAUACAAGGAAGGUCUUGUACCCUUGCACAAUAUUCAGCUACAUAGACAUGCAAUGCAGAUACUUGGUCUGCUUAUAGCUAAUGACAAUGGAAGCACUGCCAAGUACAUAAGGAAGCAUCAACUGAUGAAAGUACUGGUAAUUGCUGUGAAAGAUUUUAAGCCAGAAACUGGAGACCCUGCAUAUACAAUGAGCAUUGUUGACUUGCUGCUUGAAUGCAUAGAAUUGUCAUAUCGACCUGAGGCUGGUGAUAUAAGGCUCAGGGAGGAUGUUCGUAAUGCUCAUGGGUAUCAGUAUCUUGUUCAGUUUGCUUUGGUCCUUGCAAAAGAUCAAAACUUUGAAAGAAGUGAGUCAGCAUUAGAGGCUGCUAAGGGAAAUGGAGACAUCUCAUCACAAGGUCUCUCACCCAUUUUAUCUAGAUUGCUUGAUGUCCUCGUGAAUCUAGCUCAAACGGGCCCACCCAAUGCUGUGAUGACUGGGUCAAAGGGUAACCGCAGAAGUCAAACUUCUUCUGAUCUCUUCCCCGAUGACGGUUGGGAUAAAGACAAUUAUAAAGUCAAAGAUAUUGACGCCAUUCAAGUAUUACAGGACAUUUUUCUCAAAGCGGAUAGCCGGGAACUUCAGGCAGAAGUUCUGAAUAGAAUGUUCAAAAUAUUCUCGAGUCAUCUCGAGAAUUACAUGUUGUGUCAGCAGUUAAGGACCGUGCCCUUAUUGAUCCUCAAUAUGGGGGGCUUCCCGACUUCCUUGCAAGAAAUCAUCCUUAAAAUUCUUGAAUAUGCAGUGACCGUUGUUAACUGCAUACCCGAACAAGAAUUACUUGCACUCUGCUGCUUAUUACAACAACAGAUAGCAUCUGAAUUGAAGCACACUAUCUUAUCUUUUUUUAUAAAGUUAUUGUCCUUUGAUCAACAGUACAAAAAGGUUUUGCGGGAAGUAGGUGUCUUGGAAGUUCUGUUGGAUGAUUUAAAGCAGCACAAGUUUUUAUUGGGUUCUGAGCAGCAUAAUGCUAUGACUGAUGAUUUAGAAAAGAAGGCAAACUCGAGCAGCUUCAAGAAACAUAUAGACAGUAAAGAUGCAAUUAUUUCAUCUCCUAAGUUAUUGGAUUCGGGUUCUGGAAAGUUCUCUCUUUUUGAAACUGAAGGCACAAUCUCGGUCGCUUGGGAUUGUUUGUUUUAUUUACUGAAGAAAGCUGAGCAGAACCAAGUAACAUUUCGUACUGCUAAUGGUGUAACAACUGCUCUUCCGUUUUUGGUGUCUGAUAUGCACCGUCCUGGCGUCCUUCGUGUGUUAUCUUGUUUAAUCAUUGAAGACUCUGCACAGGUUCAUGCUGAGGAGCUAAGUAUGUUGGUUGAAGUUUCAAAGAGUGGGAUGGUUACCAGUGUGUCAGGAUCUCAAUAUAAUCUGCAAGAUGAUGCAAAAUGUGAUGUUUUUGGAGCUAUAUGGCGGGUCUUAGGAGCUAAUACAUCUGCUCAGAGAGUAUUUGGUGAAGCCACUGGAUUUUCUCUUCUAUUAACAACACUUCAUAGUUUCCAGGGAGAUACAGGGCAGAUUGAACCAUCUCGUUUAACCGUUUGCAUAAGAGUUCUUACAUAUUUAUUGCGCCUAACAACAGCUGGUGUGUGCAAUAAUGCUGUCAAUAGGGAGAAAUUGAACACCAUUCUAUCUUCACCCACUUUCUAUGAUCUUUUGUGUGAGUCGGGCCUGAUUUGUGUGGAGUGUGAAAGGCAAGUAACGCAGUUGCUUUUGGAACUAGCCCUCGAGAUUAUACUUCCGCCCUUUGCAACCCCUGAAACAAGCGUUCUUGCGAGCUCGUCUACUUCUUUUCCCAUUAUUACACAAUCAGGCUCGUUUUUUCCUGAUAAGGAGCGGAUAUAUAAUCCUGGUGCACUGAGGGUACUGAUUCGUUCAUUGUUGAUCUUUACUCCGAAAUUGCAGCUAGAGCUGUUAAAAAUUAUUGAGGAGCUUGCUCGUGCUGGCCCGUUUAAUCAAGAAAACUUAACAUCUGCUGGUUGCGUGGAACUUCUUCUGGAGACAUUAUAUCCCUUCCUUUCAGGAUCAUCCUCUCUACUUUCCCAUGCUUUAAAGAUUGUUGAAGUACUUGGGGCUUAUAGGUUAUCAGCAGCAGAACUUAGAAUGAUUAUAAGAUGCCUCUUGCAAGCGAGACAGAAAAAUCCCGGUCAUAAUCUUGUUGGUAUGAUGGAAAAGAUGGUCACUAUGCAAGAUAUGACUUCAGAAAGUGUUUCUCUUGCUCCAUUUGUAGAAAUGGAUAUGAGAAAGCUUGGGUAUGCAUCCAUACACGUGUCAUUGGGAGAGAGAUCAUGGCCUCCUGCUGCUGGUUAUUCAUUCGUAUGUUGGUUUCAAUAUCGGAAUUUCCUGAAAUCAAAUACCAAAGACUCAGAAUCUUCCAAAACUGUAUUCUCUAAAAGGAAUACGUUGCGGAUUUUUUCGGUUGGCGCGACAGAUGGCGGUGAUACAUUCUUUGCAGAACUCCGUCUUCAAGAGGAUGGGACAUUGACGCUAUCAACCAGCAAUUCUUCUUCUUUGACCUUUUCAGGCUUAGAUAUCAACGAAAACCAAUGGCAUCAUCUUGCAGUAGUACAUAGCAAACCAAAUGCUUUGGCUGGACUAUUCCAAGCUAGUGUUGCAUAUGUUUAUCUUAACGGUAAGCUUAGGCAUACUGGGAGAUUAGGAUAUUCUCCCUCGCCAGUUGGCAAGUCCUUGCAGGUAACAAUCGGGACACCUGUAAGUUAUGCACGGGUCAGUGAGUUGUCGUGGACCCUACGAUCAUGCUAUCUAUUUGAAGAAGUAUUGACACCAGGUUCCAUCUUUUUUAUGUAUAUUCUGGGCAGAGGGUAUAGGGGUCUUUUUCAAGACACGAAUCUUUUACAGUUUGUUCCUAACCAGGCGUGUCGUGGGGGUAGCAUGGCCAUAUUAGAUUCUCUAGAGACAGAUCUGGUGUUGACUUCUAAUAGUCAGAGGGCUGAAAGUGGUAACAAGCAAGGAAAUUUUAGGACGGAUCGAAGUGGAAUGGUUUGGGAUUUUGAAAGGUUAGGGAACCUCUCAUUACAGCUUUCUGGAAGGAAAUUGAUUUUUGCAUUUGAUGGAACGUCUACAGAAGCCUUUCCUGCAUCAGGAACUUUGUCUAUGCUCAAUCUAGUUGAUCCACUCUCUGCAGCUGCUUCUCCAAUUGGAGGUAUACCACGUUUUGGACGUCUUCACGGUGAUGUGUAUGUCUGUAAGCAUUGUAUAAUUGGUGAAACGUUGCGUCCCAUUGGUGGAAUAGCUGUUGUCUUGGCCCUUGUGGAAGUAGCGGAAACCAGUGAAAUGUUACAAAUGGCGUUAACACUGCUUGCUUGUGCACUUAAUCAAAAUCCUCAAAACAUUAGAGACAUGCAAGCAUUUAGAGGGUAUCAUUUGCUUGCUCUCUUUCUACAUUCAAGGAUGUCAAUGUUUGAUAUGCGUUCACUUGAGAUUUUCUUCCAAAUAGCUGCUUGCGAAGCGUCUUUCCCUGAACCGAAAAAGUUGGAAGAAACUCAAAACAAUCUGUCACCGACACCCGUCACCCCAAAUGAAACGAUUUUUGACGAGCUUACUUCAACCACAUUCCAUGAUGAAGUUUCUUCAGAUAGUUCACAUGAAGACAUGGAUGAUUUUUCGAUGCAAAAAGACGCUUUCAGCCAUAUCUCGGAACUUGAUAACGACGUACCUCAUGAAACAUCAAAUUGCAUAGUUCUUUCAAAUGCCGAUAUGGUCGAGCAUGUGCUAUUAGACUGGACAGUGUGGGUUGCCGCUGAAAUUCCAAUACAAAUCGCUCUUCUAGGGUUUCUUGAGAAUCUUGUCUCAAUGCAUUGGUACCGUAGUCAUAAUCUCACCAUUUUGCGUAGGAUCAACCUUGUUCAGCAUCUGCUAGUUACCCUCCAAAGAGGUGAUGUUGAGGUUCCCGUUCUAGAAAAGUUGGUUGUGCUUUUAGGAGUGAUCUUGGAGGAUGGUUUUGUUAUUUCUGAACUUGAACAUGUUGUUCGGUUUGUGAUUAUGACUUUUGAUCCCCCGGAACUGACUUCACGGAUCCAAAUAACAAGAGAGCCAAUGGGGAAACAUAUUAUUGUUAGAAAUAUGCUGCUUGAGAUGCUAAUCGAUCUUUUAGUCACCAUUUCAUCAGAAGAGCUUCUUGAACAAUGGCAUAAGAUUGUUUCGUCAAAAUUAAUAACUUAUUUUCUUGAUGAAGGUGUUCAUCCCACAAGUAUGAGAUGGAUCAUGACUCUUCUUGGCGUGUGUCUUACAUCAUCUCCUACUUUUGCUCUCAAGUUUAGAACAAGUGGCGGAUAUCAAGGAUUAAUGAGGGUGCUCCCGAGUUUCUAUGACUCCCCAGAUAUCUAUUAUGUUCUCUUCUGUUUGAUAUUUGGGAAGCCCGUGUAUCCGAGAUUACCGGAAGUUCGAAUGUUGGACUUUCAUGCCCUUAUGCCAAAUGAUGGAAAUAAUGUUGACUUGAAGUUUUUAGAACUUUUGGACGCUGUAGUUGCAAUGGCAAAGUCAACAUUUGAUAGGUUAGCUGUCCAAACUCAAGUUGGUGGCGGACUUGCGGCAGAUCUAGUGGACGGAAAUACAGAAAUGACCGGGGACCUUCAGGGUGAAGCUUUGAUGCACAAAACUUAUGCUGCCCGUCUUAUGGGUGGUGAGGCUUCGGCUCCUGCUGCCACAGCAUCGGUUCUUAGGUUCAUGGUUGACUUGGCCAAAAUGUCUCCUCUGUUUUUGGCUGUCUGUAGGCGGGCUGAGUUUAUCGAGAGUUGCGUGGAUCUUUAUUUCUCAUGUAUCAGGUCUGCUCAUGCUGUGAUGAUGGCAAAAGAGCUGUCAAUAAAGUCAGAAGACAAAAACAUAAAUGAUGGUGAUGAUACUAGUAGCUCUCAGAACACAUUUUCUAGCUUGCCCCAUGAGCAAGAAGAAUCUGUUAAGACCUCCAUAAGCAUCACAAGCUUCCCUCCAGUACAGGGAAGUGCAAGUUCUGAAGACAUACCGAUUGCAUCUGACGAUAUUGAUGGAGCUUCUAAAAGUGAACCGCUGGAGACACAAAAGUUAAUUGAAGAUGCUGCACAGCCUCUCUCAACUGUAGAUUCUGAACCACCUGAUCAACCAUCUGACAGCAAGCAGUUCAAUUUCCAUGAUCUCAAAAUCACUCCAGUUAAUGUUCACCCAACGGGUUCACCGGGUUCUCCAUCUUUAAGUAUAUACGAUUCUCCGAUUUUAUCAGAGAAAUCAAAUUCUCGAUUUCAGUCAGUACCCUCACCCUCUCAGGUUUUUGGCUUGCCAUCUUGGCUGGGAUCAGCUGCUUCUCCUUCCGUGGAAUCUUCCGUAUCUUUGACUGAAUUGGAUUCGACUCCUGACUUAAAGUCCCCAUUUCAACUACCAAAUCCUGCGAAUUCAUUUUCUACAAUUAAUCCAAAACUGAUUCUUGAUGUAGAUGAUUCUGGUUAUGGCGGCGGCCCGUGUUCUGUGGGUGCAAACGCCAUGCUAGAUUUUGUUGCAGAAGUUCUUGCUGAUUUUGUGACCGAGCAGAUAAGAUCAACACCAGUUAUUGAAACCAUUUUGGAAACCGUUCCUUUAUAUGUUGAUCCUGAAUCCGUAUUGGUAUUUCAGGGUUUGUGUCUUACUAGACUAAUGAACUUUCUAGAAAGACGGCUCUUGCGGGAUGACGAAGAAGAUGAGAAGAAACUCGAUAAAACCAGAUGGUCGUUGAAUUUGGAUGCAUUAUGCCAUUUGAUUGUGGAUCGCGUUUAUAUGGGUGCCUUUCCUCAACCAGCUGCCGUACUGAAAACACUUGAGUUCUUAUUGUCUAUGCUACAGUUGGCAAAUAAAGAUGGUAGAAUUGAACAAGCACCACCAGUGGGCAAAGGGAUUUUGUCUAUUGGAAGAGGAAUUAGACAACUCGAUGCUUAUGUACAUGCGGUGUUUAAAAACAUGAAUCGGGUCACCAUGUACUGUUUUCUUCCUUCAUUUUUGAUAUCAGUAGGUGAAGACGAAUUUCUUUCGCGAUUAGGGUUACAAAUCGAGCCCAGAAAGAGAUUGUUCACAAAUGGGUCACAAGAAGAUGGGGUGAUAGACGUAUGCACAGUCUUGCAAUUAUUGGUGGCUCAUAGCAGUCUAAUUUUUUGCCCUAGUAAUCUCGAUAAUGAUCUAAUUUGCUGUCUUUGUAUAAACUUGAUCUCACUUUUGCAUGAUCAGAGGCCAAAUGCACGCAACUUAGCUGUGGACAUCCUCAAGCAUCUCCUUGUGCACCGCCGGUCAGCACUCGAGGACCUGCUAGUCUCAAAACCGAACCAAGGUCCGGUUCUGGAUGUGUUACAUGGCGGAUUUGACAUUCUUCUUACUGGAAGUUUGUCUACUUUCUUUGAUUGGCUUUACAUGUCUGAACUUAUUGUUAAUAGAAUUUUGGAACAAUGUGCUGCGAUUAUGUGGGUCCAGUAUGUUGCGGGGUCCGUUAAGUUCCCGGGUGUUCGAAUCAAAGGCAUGGAUGGUCGUCGAAAGAAAGAAAUUGGUAGAAAAUCACGGGAUUCGAUGAAGUUGGAUCAAAGACAUUGGGAGCAGGUCAAUGAAAGAAGAAUUGCAUUGGAAUUGGUUCGUGAUGCGAUGUCGACAGAAUUAAGAGUUGUUCGUCAAGACAAAUAUGGAUGGGUACUCCAUGCUGAGAGUGAGUGGCAAACACAUCUCCAACAACUUAUGCACGAGCAGGGCAUUUUCUCUUUACCCAAAUCGAAUUCGAGUGACGAGCCUGAAUGGCAGCUUUGCCCGAUUGAAGGCCCAUAUAGAAUGCGGAAGAAAUUGGAGCGUUGCAAAUUUAAAGUUGACACAGUCCAGCACAUUUUAAGUGGGAAAUUUGAGUUUGAAAAGGGGAAAACAGAAAACGAUCUUGGUCAUUACGAUUCCGAUUCUAACUCAGAUCCUUUGGCCAAUCUUAUAUCGAAUGACGCGAAGCAGGAAUCUCUUGAUGAUGAAAUGUAUGACGAGUCGAUCUUUAAGGAUUCAGAUGGAGUGAAAGUUGGAUGGAAUAGCAAUACCGAUAGGGACAGUAGCAUUAAUGAUGAAAGUCUUCAUUCUGCUGCUGAAUUUAGUAUGAAAUCCAGCUCAGCGACGGUACCACUUUCAGAAGGCAUACAAGAAAAAUCGGUUUUAAGCUCUCCAAAGAAGUCUUCUUCUACACGAUUUGAUGAGAAUAAAUCAGCGGAGGACAAACUGGAUAAGGAAUUAAGUAACAACGGGGAGUACUUAAUUAGGCCUUAUCUUUUGCCCACAGAGAAAAUCAAAUUCAGAUACAAUUGUGAAAGAGUUGUGGGUCUUGAUAAACAUGACGGGAUUUUUCUUAUUGGGGAACUAUGUUUAUAUGUCAUAGAGAAUUUCUAUAUUGAUGAGUCCGGAUGCAUCUGUGAAAAGGAAUGCGAAGAUGAACUUUCGGUUAUCGAUCAAGCUUUGGGUGUAACAAAAGAUUUCUCUAUGAGUACGGACUCAAAUUCCAAGUUGACUUCUUCAUGGGGUAUGACUGUAAAAUCACAUAGUGGGGGAAGGGCUUGGGAAUAUAACGGUGGUGCAUGGGGUAAGGAAAAGGUCACUAAUAGUGGUAACAUACCUCAUUUAUGGCGAAUGUGGAAGCUAAAUAGUGUUCAUGAGAUUUUGAAGCGUGAUUACCAGUUACGUCCUGUUGCUGUUGAAAUAUUCAGCAUGGAUGGAUGCAAUGAUCUUCUGGUUUUUCAUAAAAAGGAGAGGGAGGAAGUGUUCAAAAAUUUGCUGGCCAUGAAUCUUCCUAGAAACAGCAUGUUGGACACCACAAUCUCAGGAUCAGUGAAACAAGAAAGUGCCUUCAAGAUUAUGGCUAAAUCAUUCUCCAAGAGGUGGCAAAAUGGAGAAAUUAGUAACUUCCAGUAUCUGAUGCACCUGAACACACUUGCUGGUCGUGGGUACAGUGAUCUUACUCAAUAUCCAGUCUUCCCUUGGGUUUUGGCAGAUUAUGAGAGUGAGAAUUUGGACUUAACUGAUGUAAAGUCUUUUCGCAAACUUGACAAACCCAUGGGCUGUCAAACUGAAGAGGGAGAAGAUGAGUUCAAGAAAAGGUAUGAAAGUUGGGAUGAUCCCGAGAUUCCCAAGUUUCAUUAUGGAUCUCACUAUUCUAGUGCUGGGAUUGUUCUUUUCUAUCUUUUACGGUUGCCACCGUUCAGUACAGAGAAUCAAAAGCUACAAGGUGGUCAGUUUGACCAUGCUGACCGCCUUUUUAAUAGUGUACGAGAUACAUGGUCUAGUGCUGCUGGAAGAGGCAACACCUCAGAUGUAAAGGAACUGAUUCCAGAAUUUUAUUACAUGCCAGAAUUUCUGGAAAACAGAUUCGAUCUUGACCUCGGAGAGAAACAGUCAGGAGAAAAGGUUGGAGGUGUUAUGUUACCUCCUUGGGCUAAAGGUAGUGCUAGAGAGUUCAUCAGAAAGCAUCGGGAAGCUCUUGAAUCUGACUACGUUUCCGAGAAUUUGCAUCACUGGAUAGACCUCAUCUUUGGCUAUAAACAACGUGGGAAGGCGGCUGAAGAAGCUGUGAAUGUUUUCUACCAUUAUACAUAUGAAGGAAGUGUCGAUAUAGAUGCAGUUACAGAUCCUGCAAUGAAAGCAUCUAUCUUAGCUCAGAUUAAUCACUUUGGUCAAACACCAAAGCAGCUAUUUCAGCGGGCCCACGCCAAGAGAAGAAAAGAUAAAAAACCUCCAAUAAAUCCACUUAAAUACUCUAAUUUUCUUGUACCACAUGAGAUUCGUAAAAGUGCAGCUUCCAUUGCCCAGAUUGUCACUUCAAGUGACAAAGUUCUCAUGGUGGGUCCCAACAAUCUCUUAAAACCAAGAACAUAUGCCACGUAUGUUGCAUGGGGGUUCCCUGACCGUAGUUUGAGAUACAUGAGCUAUGAUCAAGAUAAGCUCCUUUCGACCCAUGAGAACCUCCAUGGUGGUAACCAGAUCCAGUGUGCCAGCGCUAGCCAUGAUGGUCAGGUUCUAGUCACUGGUGCAGAUGACGGAUUGGUUUGUGUUUGGCGGGUCGGAAGCUACAGUGGGUCCCGUGCACCGCGUACCUUGCAAUUGGAAAAAGCACUUUCAGCUCACACGUCUAAAAUUACAUGUCUUCACAUUUGCCAGCCGUAUAUGAUCAUUAUAAGUGGUUCAGAUGAUCGCACCGUGGUCUUAUGGGACCUUAGCUCGUUGGGAUUCAUCAAACAGCUUCCUGAGUUUUCAUCUCCGGUUUCGGCUAUUUAUAUGAACGAUUUGACAGGUGAAAUUGUGACAGCUGCAGGGAUUAUGCUUGCGGUUUGGAGCAUAAACGGUGACUGUUUAGCAGUUGUUAAUACUUCGCAACUUCCAUCUGAUUUCAUUGUCUCAGUGACCACUUGUACCUUCUCUGAUUGGCUAGAAACAAACUGGUACGUCUCGGGCCAUCAGAGUGGUGCGGUUAAGGUUUGGCAAAUGGUUCAUAAUUCUAGUGAAAGUGUCCAAACCCAAACAAACCAGACAUCUGGGCUAGGGCUAGGUGGUCAGGUUCCUGAGUACACGUUGGUUCUACGGAAGGUGCUAAGGGGUCAUAAACACUCCGUCACUGCUCUUCACCUCACAAGUGACAUGAAACAGCUGUUGAGUGGUGAUUCGGGUGGUCAUUUGAUUUCAUGGACGUUACCUGAUGAAACUUUGAGAAAUUCUAUCAAAAGGGGGUGAGCUUCGGUUAUCUUGAGGUAAUCAUGAACACAUUUUGUUAUUCAUAUAAGAGCCCAUUACCCUAAAGGGUUAACAGGGUCCGUGUCCAUCCUCCUAACACGAAAAGGGCUGGCCCGGAUUAAAGAACGAGAUGAAGAGUGAAAUCAUGGCAUCACUUGCUUUGUUGGGAACACGGAGGUAUGUGAAAGGUCUCUUCUUUUUUGUAUUUCAGACUAGUGUACAUAGAAGGGGUUAAUUAAAUCUAGAUUACCAAAUUUGAAUUUGUAUAGUUGUGCUGGUGAGGGAGAGGAGUUGGACUAUGAUGUCCCUAUUUUGAUAAGGGGAAUAUAGUUUCUGUUGUGUCUUUUGUCAUAUUUGUUCCAUUUGUAAUUUGUAAGAAUAUACAAUACAUGAUUCGUUAUAGUCUUCUAAUCUAUAGUAGAAAAUUGAUGAA